CAGACGGUGAGUGGUGAUCUGUGACCUUUAGAGCGGCAAGAUUAGCGUUUAUUUCAAUUUGUGCUUGGUUUGAAAGUACUUUAGAUAUAAGACUGACGUGUAUAGUGUCAGUGUAGAAAUGUAAAUAAAUUAUUUGGUUAUGUGCUAAAUUCGCAAACAUCGCGGUUAUCUCGGCGCGCAACGGCUGAUAGGCUAGCGUUGUUAGCUUAUUCAAACUUCGCAACGAAAAUUAUGUUUUCACUCAGUGCGCUGUAAAUGUGAAACGACGUCUGCUUGUAGUAAUCUAAUUCCUAUUACGAUCUGUAGUGAUUUUACGAAAGUAAAUGUACACAAUACUUUUGAGAGAAUAUGUAUUGUUUGGUCGACGAAGCGUGCUAGUUAGCUAGCAUUUUUCACACGAGGCCGUGGUUUAUAGGUGUGUAAUAAACCGAAUUGUUUUUUGUUAGUAGUAAACCGUAUUGGUUAAAUAUUGUAACAUCGGUAUAAAAAUGGAACAUUCUAUAUACGUUUUCGAAUCGUAAGGCAUUAAAAUUUCUUAUUUGCAUAAGAAACUGGUUUGACUAGCUGGCUUUUCAGGAAAUGCGAAUGCCCCCAUUGGUAUGGAAUAACCCGUUUCGAUUUCGCUUCAGCUCAAGUUUCAUGUUCCAGUUAUUCUGUUGAACGCAGCGUUGAUUUUAACAACUCGUAAGACUUGAGGGAUAGUUCACCAAAAUGAAAAUUGUCUCAUUUACUCAUCCUCAUGCCAUCCCUGAUCUGUAUGACUUUUCAUCUGCAGAACGCAAACGAAAACUGAAUAAAGAAUAUCUCUGCUCUGUAGGUCCUUGCAAUACAAGUGAAUGGCGAUGAGACCUCAGAAUGUCCAAAAAGGACAAAUGCAGCACCAGUAGUUAAAUCCAUGUCUUCAGAACAGGAUGAUGGGUGUGGUUGAGAAACGAUCAAUAUAUGUCUAAUUUUUUUUUUUACUGUAACUCUGACCAGCCCCAACCAGUAGGUGGUUGAAUGUAAAAAGUCACUUCCACACCAGAAUGUGACUAGAUUUACAGUAAUAGUAAUAAUAAAAAUCUAGCUUAAAUAUUGAUAUGUUUCUUAACCACACCUAUCAAAAUUCUUCAGAAGAUAUUGAUUAAACCACUGGAGUCUUAUGGAUUAGUUUUAUGCUGCCUUUCUGUGCUUUUUGCACCUUCUGAGUUCUGGUCAUCAUUCACUUGCAUUGUGAGGCCCAGCAGAGCUGAAUUAUUCUAAAAAUCACCUGUAGAAGAAAGUCAUGCACAUCUGGGAUGAGGAUGAUGCAAUGAUGAGAGAAUUUUCAUUUGGGCGAACUAUCCCUUUAACGCAGCCCUAAUUUAUUUAGUGUUGCUGGUGACUGAAUUUAAUGUGUCUUCUGUUCUUGACCGUAUUUUUCAGGCUCUUGAGUAACACAACCAAAAUGGUGAAGAUCUUCAUUGGCAACCUGCCUCAGCAGGCAGAAGUAGAAGAAAUAAAGUCUCUGUUUACGCAAUAUGGAAAUGUCACUGAGUGCGCCAUCAUCAAGAAUUUUGCCUUCGUUCACAUGGAUGAUCGCAAAAGUGCAACAAAAGCCAUCCGAAACCUGCAUUUGUACAAGCUGCAUGGAACACCCAUCAAUGUUGAAGCAAGUCGUGGCAAGAGCCAGGGCCCGGUGAAGCUUCAUGUGGCCAAUGUGGAGAAGGGAUCCAAUGAAGAGCUCCAAGCAUUGUUCGAAGAGUAUGGUACUGUUAGUGAAUGCGCGAUCAUCAAGAACUUCGCCUUUGUGCACAUGUGCAACUCUGAUGAGGCCAUGGAUGCUAUCAAGGGCUUGGACAAUACUGAGUUCCAAGGCAAAAGAAUUCAUGUGCAGAUUUCAAAGAGUCGACCAAGAGGGGAUGAAGACGAUGGCUUCGGCCCCCCAGACAGAGGAUAUUGGCCACCCCGUUUCCCUGGUGAUCGUCCCGAGCCACCUGGUCCUCCUAGAGGUCGCUUUGGCUAUCCCCCUGGCCCCCCUCCUCCACCACCACCACCCCCCAGACGCCCCCCAUACCCAGAACGUGCAGCAUCUGCAUAUGACCGUGAUGGAUAUGGUGUCGUCGACUAUUAUGAGAAGUAUCGUGCUCGCCCUUAUGGUGCAUCCUCAUAUGAGGAACGACGUCCUAGUGGCAUGCCCCCUCCGCCCCCCUCAUCUGCCGUUAUGAGAGAGCGAAUGGCUGGCAAUGGCCUUGACCCUUAUGAACGACGCCCCCUCCCGCCCCCACCAUCCUCAUUCUUUGCCCGGGACCGCAGUCCUAUCAGACGUGCUCCUCCUGCCCCUCCAGCACCCGCAGGCAACGGUUACUCGUACGAGCGCUCGCGUCUCUCCCCUCUCUCCAUGUCUCGGAACCCGAUGUACAGCAUGCCUCGACCCAGAGACCCCUACGCUGAGAGGGCGCCACCUCCACCUCCUGCGCGUUACGCGUAUUAAAGUGAAUCUCUGCGCUUUUGUAACCCAAGGUGUAAAUUAUUCCAGAUCGUCGUCGUCUCCAGGUGCCCGUGAUGCGAUACGUCGUUGUCUGCCAGAGCGCGUUUCGUUCGCCUGCGCACCAUAGUGGAAGAAUUCUGUCGCGGACUGCACAAAACAAACGCUUUUACACGCAUAAAAUUCAUUCUCUUGCUAAAUUGUUAACUCUGCAUUUCUUUUUGUUCUGCUUGUGUUUUAGUUUUUGAAAGGUAAAGAGUACAAAAAAAAAAAUAGGUUAACUUGGUGGUUUGGUCAAAGCUGUUAAAGGGACGUAUACAAAAAUUUCUUUCAACAAAUUUCUGUGUUACUCUGUAUUUUUUUGUUUUUGUUUUUUGUUUUUUAUAAAUAUGCUUAAGCGUAUCGUUUGUUAUUAAACUAUAACGAGCGCAAGGAAUUGGUUUUGGUACAAAGCCCACAAUACAUCUGUGUUAACCGAAUUGUUUUUAUUAGGCCUUUGUUAAAGCCUGAAAUGAGCAGAUACACGUGCGCCAUGCAAGUAUAAAUAUCUCCGCUGCAAUAUAACUUUUAGUCUACUGGCUUUUGUGAAAUUGUGUUUUAGUUUGAAUUUUAAUUGCAGAGUAUAGUGAUUCAAGAACUGUGUACCGUUUUUCUUUCUUAAGAACACUUGAUUAAAACAUUUUAAUAAAGACUGGAAAUUGGGUGCGUCGUUUUACUUGCCAAGCUUUUUAAAGAUGAAAGUAAAACUUCAAAACAUUUUAGUGAUUGUAUAUCGCUAUGCAGCCAUAGAACUGCUUGUGCCGCGAAAUUUAAACGAGCGCCAUGAUAACUCGUAUUACCAUUCCUAGUCUGUGUACAUUGUCAGUUUGAUUUGCCAUUUUGACAUCACUAAUUGGAUAGACUUUUAAAUGUUAUCAAUCAUUGGUCCUUUUUGACUGUUUGCACUUAAUCUAUAAAGGUUUAAUUUGAACCAGGUAAGUCCCCUGAUGUAUUAAAUGUCUUCACCGCAGCAUGCCUUUUUCUUGCUGGCAACUUGAUUGUUUCAUGGUGCAGCUGUUCACCUAAUGCUGCCCAGACUUGCAGUCACAGAGUACAGACAUUUAUCUCUCUUGAUAAACAAUCUAUAUCAAAUGUUUUGGUUGCACUUCAUGAUGACCUCUGGUGAAACUUAAUGGUAAGUUCUGUUUGAAAUUCAUGCACAAUUCUAUGCAUUCUCCCCAUCCAUGUAUGAAGUUUGCAAUAAAACAUUUAUAUUUGGCAA